AUGGAUGAUAAUUGGCUUGAUGGUAGAAGUGAUGAUAGUGACAAUGCUCAUGUUGAAGAAAGUGGUUCAGAAACGGAAAAUAUUGAUAGUGAAACAACAGAAAAUGAAGAAGAAAUCGAUUUAGAAAAGCUUAAUUUAGAAGAAAGUGAUCCAGAUGAAAAUUACACGCAAGGCUGUUCAUACAGUUCAAGAUCUGAUAUGGUGUUGUCUUCUACUCCAUCUUAUUCGUCGACAACAAAACAUCAUGCUAAUGUAAAUUUAACAUCUGGACUUACUGAAUUGACCGCACAUGUGGCUUCUGUUGAAGAUGCAUUUCUCUGCUUUAUAUCGGAAGAAAUGUUAAAGAAAAUUUUACUUUAUUCGAAUACUGCAGAAAUCUCAAACAGAACUCUGGAUGACAGUUUUGAAGAAAUAUCAAUGGUUGAAUUAAAGGGUUUUAUUGGUCUUUUACUAAUAUCUGGUUUACUCGGAAAAUCAAGAAAAAGUAUUAAGUCUUUAUGGACUAGAAAUUCAUUGGAGUCUCCAGUAUUUAGAGCAAUAAUAUCGCGAAAUCGAUUUGAAACAAUAGUUUUCUAUCUUAGAUUCGAUGACAAAACAACAAGAGAAGAAAGAAAAAAUACAGAUAAAUUUGCUGCAAUUCGUAAAAUAUGGUUGGACUUUCAAAACAAUUUGAACAAAUGUUAUUCAGUAGGACCUUUUGUGACAAUUGAUGAACAGUGGGUUGGAUUUCGCGGAAAAUGUCCUUUUCGUCAAUUUAUCCCCAAAAAAUCUGAUAAAUAUGGAAUAAAGCUUUGGUUAUGCGUUGAUGCCAAUUCUUACUAUGUAUUUGAUGCAGUUCCUUAUACUGGACGACAAUCUGGUCAAGAUAAACAAAAGAAUAUAGGUGUCAACAUAGUUUUACAAUUGAUGAAACCACUGUUUGGUUCUGAAUUAAGAAUAAGUUUAGUGGCUCAUCUUCUUGAUGUUCGUUCACAAACUUCAAAGUUCUUGCACAAAGAUGUUCAAAGUGCAUUAGCUGUUAUGGGUUAUCCUAAGGUGGAGAAAACAUCACAAGAAUUAAAUGAAACCUCCACGGACUUAAAAAGAAAACGAUGUUUGGAAAUGCCAUAA